GGUCUCAAUCGGCGACAACUGAUCACCGAAGAAGUGUUGGUGUCUUUGGUGGCGCUGUUGGACACACUGUCAGCGCUGGUCGACGAAGUGAAACCUCUGGACGACGACAAGAACCAGAGGUUUGGGAACAAAGCGUUCAGAAUUUGGUUCACUCGUAUGGAGACCGAAGUCGAGGAACAACUGAAACAAGUGCUGACCGCCGAAGAAGUGGCAGAACUGAAACCUUAUUUGUUGGACUCGUUUGGUAACCAACAGCGCAUAGACUACGGCACCGGACAUGAGAUGUGUUUCGUUAUCUUUCUCAUGGGUUUAUAUAAAUUGAAAUUAAUUAACACAAGCGAUGAAGUGCUGAACAAAGAGGUGGUCCGCGGUCUCAGCCAUCAGUUGUUGACAGUGUUCGGUGUCCUAUAUCUGCCACUCGUACGCAAAAUUCAAUUACGGUAUCGCUUAGAACCGGCCGGAAGUCACGGCGCCUUCUCUUUGGACGACUUCCAGUUUCUGCCCUUUUAUUUCGGAUCCGCACAACUGGUGGGUCACCCGUAUGUCGAACCGCAUUCAUUCCCCGACCCGGAAGUGGCCAAACGACACAAAGACGACCUCAUGUUCUAUUCGGCCAUCCAUUUCAUCCACGAAGUGAAAAGAGGGCCUUUCGCUGAGCACUCGAACCAACUCUGGAACAUCUCAGGAGUGGACGACUUGAAGUGGCCAAACGACACAAAGACGACCUCAUGUUCUAUUCGGCCAUCCAUUUCAUCCACGAAAGGGCCUUUCGCUGAGCACUCGAACCAACUCUGGAACAUCUCAGGAGUGGACGACUGGUCCAAAAUCAAUCGCGGAUUACUUAACAUGUAUUGCAAGGAAUAUUUGCCCAAAUUUCCGAUCGUUCAGCACUUAGUCUUCGGCGAUCGCGUCCUUCCAGACGUCGGAGGCGUGUAUAUGACUAAAACAGAAUUCAAAGCACUUCCAGUCGUCGACAAAGUAUCUAAUGUUGAGAGUUUGGACACAACCGUUGAUCCACAAGAAGUGAACACAUCGACGGAAACGAUCGCUAAAUUUGAAUACCAUAUCGUUUAUAGUAUAAGUUAUUCCGUUCCUGUGCUGUACUUUACGGUCACUAAAACAGAUGGUUCAUUAGUUAGAAUUGAAGACAUUUGGAAAUGGAUUCCAAAGAGUAUUUACACAUCGGAACAGACAAGUGAUGCUUCGGGUGUGGAUAUGACCGACGAAUCAGCACUUUAUCGCAAAUAUGGAUCAAUGCUAACACAAAUGAAUAAUCUUUCACUUACUUUCAAUGGACAGUAUUAG